GACCCGUGGUUGCCCGCUGUGGCGUCGCCCCCGAAACCUCUCGGUUUCAUCUCGGGGUCCGGGCGCGGGGUCCCCACUGGCGUCUGCGCGUGGCAGGGGGCGGCUGGGAUUUACGAGGCGGCCCUGGGGUGACGGAGGCCCCUUCGGAGUGCGCACAGGUGCUCGGGCGCCCUCUGGCGGCCGCGGGCCUGACCUUCCCUCGCUUCUUUGCAGGGACCUGGGUGCCGGACCAUGGGACCCCCGAGCCGGGAAACCUGGGCCCAGCGCCUGGGUGCCUUCCGGGCCAGCCCGUCCGCCUUCAUGGCCGGUCCGGAGGGUGAGGAUCUGGGUCGUGACCUGCUGAGCGAACUGAGAAGUGAGAAGCUGAGCGAACAGACCAAGGUUUCCUUGCUGGCCCUGAGCCUGGAGUACCCAGCCCAGCUGUGGCCGGACGCCGCUGCGGCCGAGGCAGCCGCCACCUCCCUGUUGGACACCUUGGUCCUUCUGCCCCCACGGCCCUCAGCCCUGCGGCGGCCCCUGCUGCUGGCGGCCACCACAGCCCUGGCGGCCGGGGAUGCGCUGGGCCCCACCUCGGGAGCCUCCCGCCGGCUCCUGCCCCUACUUCUUGGCUUGGCCUCGGGCCGCGAUCUGGGCCGAGGCUUUGGCCCCGCCUCGGAGCAGCGCCCCCUGCAGGCCACAGCGUGUGAGUGCCUGCGGGAGCUGGAGAGCUGCAAGCCUGGGCUGCUGGGGGGCUACCUGGGGCUGCUACGGAGCCUGCUGGGGCAGGAAGGCCCGGUCCAGCCGCUCAGCCUGCUGCUGGCACUUGCUCUGCGCAACACCUUGGUGAUACAGGCCAGGGCGAGGGCCGGCCUGCAGGGCCUGCUUGUGGCCGGGGAUACACCCGCGGCAGGUGGUCCCUGGAACUGGACACUAGCUGAGGACGGGGAUGCCCACCUUCAGCCCCAGGCACCCAGCUGGCCGGCUGCCGAGGAGGAGGCGUGUGGCCUUGCAGUGCUGGAGCCCAGUCCUGAGGAGGCCCGGGAGCUGCGGGCUGCUGUGGCCCAGCUUCUGGACACUUCCUACCUGCUCACUCCUGUGGCUCAGGCCCAGCUUCUGUGGCUGCUGGGCUGGGCUUUGCGGGGGCUUCGGGGACAGCCGCCAGUGCUCUUCAAGCCACAGUUGGUACGGCUACUGGGCACGGCCCAGCUGACGCUGCUGCACGCCGUUCUGGCGCUCAAGGCGGCCUUUGGUGAAGCCCUGUUCACAGCCCAGGAUGAGGCCUUGCUGCUCCGCCGGCUCACCUUGGCCGCCCAGCACCCAGCCCUGCCCCUGCCCGCCCAUCUCUUCUACCUGCACUGCCUGCUGAACUUCCCUGAGAACUGGCCUCUAGGCCCCACAGGAGAGGAGACGGCCCCCCUGCUGCUAGGGCCCCGGCUGUGCCGUGGCCUCCUACCCAGUCUCCUGCAUGACCCGUCGGCCCUCCUGGCCCACCUGCAUCUGCUGUGUUUGUUCUGUGCGGAAGACGAAGAAAAGGAGGAGAAAGGCCAGGAUUGGUGUCCCCAGCAUUACCUGGGGGAGCUGCUGGCUGGCCUGCGGCAGAGGGCAGCCCUGCAUGGGGGCCCCCGGGCCUUGGCCACUCUCUGCUUCCAGGCCUCCUACCUGGUGGUUCACUGCCUAGCCACGCAACCUACGGUGCUGACACCGUUGACCCACGGACUGGCCCAGCUGUACCGCGCCCGGCCUGCCCUGGCUCCCCAUUUCGUGGAUCUCUUGGAUAGGGUGGGCCCUGAACUGGGGGAGCCCCUGAGAGCGGCCUUGCGGCAGGAAGUGGUGUCCAGGCCAGGCAGGGACGAGGCCCUUCGUUGGCACCUGCAGAUACUGUCCAAAGUGGCAGACGGGAAGGCUCCAAGUGCCACCCUAGGCUUCCUGCGUGCGGCGGCGGCCCACUGCUCGGACUGGGGCCUCCAGCAGGCGCUGCUGCAGGUCUGCCGAGCUCUGCUGCGCGCGGGGGUUGCGGAAGGCCUGGCCGACUUGCUGCAGGCACUGGCCAGACAGUUGGAGGACCCUGAUGGGCGGGACCACGCACGCCUCUACUACAUCCUCCUGGCCCACCUGGCGGGGCCCAAGCUGGGGGUGGCCCUGGGCCCCUCGCUGGCCGCCCCUGCAUUGACCUCCUCACUGGUGGCCGAGAACCAGGGCUUUGCCGCGGUGCUGAUGGUGCAGGAGGCCCCGGCCCCGAUGCAGCUAAGUGUGGGGCCCCGCAGAGCGGCGGGCCCGGUCCCAGUGCUGCAGCUGCAGGUGGAGGUGCUGGAGCCUCUGUACUCCGUGGAGCUGCGCUUCCGCGUGGAAGGACAGCUGUACGGGCCCCUGGGCGCGGUCCACGUGCCCUGCCUGCUCCCGGGCCGCCCCUGCCGGCCUCUGCACCUGCCGCUGCGGCCGCGUCGCCCCGCUCCCGCGCAGCUGGCCGUGCGCGCCCUGUUCGCCACCCCCGCUGGCCUCACGUGCCAUGCCCACCUGCCGCCCCUGCUGGUGAACUUCGCCGACCUUUUCCUGCCUUUCCCCCAGGCCCCCGACGGGGACAACCAGGGCUUCUUUGAGGAGCUCUGGGACUCCUGCCUGCCAGAGGGCGCCGAGAGUCGCCUCUGGUGCCCUCUUGGGCCACAGGGGCUGGAGGCCUUGGUGGCCCGCCACCUGGAGCCCUUUGUGGUGGUGGCCCAGCCCCCCACCAGCUACCAUGUGGCCAUCCGCCUGCCCCCAGCCUCGAGGCUGUUGUUGCGACUGGAGGCGGCCCAGGGGGACGGAGUGCCCGUGGCCCUGCGGACUGAUGACUGGGCCGUGCUGCCCAUGGCCGGGGACUACCUCCGUGGGCUGUCAGCCGCUGUCUGAACCGGGAGGCCAGGCCAGACCCUGAGCCGGUCUUGCCCAAAGGAGGGCACCGAGGGCCAGGACACAGUCCUGUGGCUCUUUUCUUAAAAAAAA